CUGUCACGUUCAUCCCAUUCUUUGCUCAUGCUCACGUUUUUGGACGAAUUUGUUGGUUAUUGAGAUUCGCGCGUGGUAUUAUUUAGAUGAAAUUAAAAUUAAUUUAAGUCUUAUGUGUGUUGAAUGUAAUAGUGAAAAGGAACUGUAACGAUGUCUAUCCAAAAGAAGCCUAUUAAGUCUAAGCAGUUAAAAGCGGAGUUGAAUAAGGAAUUUUUAUUCCUACAAAACAUCUUUUCUGUUUUAUCAAUACCGCAACAAACAAAAGAUGAAUUUGACGAUGUUGACAUUGAAAUGACCAACGGGGAUGCCAACCAAGAAGAAAAGAAACUACCAAAACGGGUCACUACUAUUGCAGAGUUAGAAGAGAGGCUUGAGAAAAUCAAGUCACAAAACAACUUCCAUUUGAAAACCAAACUGGCCAAGAAAAGUCUAGCAAGCAAACUAAAUAAAAAAAUCAAGAAGAGAGACAGAAUAAAUAAAACUAAAGUGAAGCCAACUGUAGACAAACCUCUGUUGCCGAAGAAAGAAGCAAAAGUUGAACCAGCUGCUCCACCUAAACCAAUAUUUAACAAUGACGCCAAGUUGGUCUUCUCCAAGUUCGAUUUUGCAAACACUGGACAUAAAGAGAGGGUGAAUAAAGGUGAGAAAGAUCCCAAAAAAAUCUUAGAAAAUAUCAAGCAACAAGAACAAAAGUUCAAGGAGUUAGAAGAAUCUGAAGACAAGUCUAAAGUGAAGGAAAUGAAAGAAAAAAUCGCAUGGAAAACUAUGUUGCAAAAAGCUGAAGGCCAAAAAAUUAAGGAUGACCCCACUUUGCUGAAGAAAUCAAUUCAAAAAAGAGAACAAAAGAAGAAGCACAGUAAAAAACAAUGGGACAACAGGAUUCAAAACGUUAAAGAAACUAAAGACGCCAGACAAGUUAAACGGACAGAGAACAUUGCUAAGAAAAAGAAAGAAAAGAAGUCUAAAAAGAUAAAACAGGCUGUUAAGAGAGGACGUGUUGUAAUAUAAUGAAGUAAAUACAAGGUUUGAUAACAUA